UUGGUCACUGAGCCAUCAUACUGGGCUAGUAGCCUCGUCUUUUAAGGUGACAAUUUUUUGAAAGCUGAGAUCUCUUUUAAGUUUCAUAAUUUUGCAGGCUGUGUUCCCACUUCAAACAAGGUUAUCUUACCUGCUGCCUGUUCCUUUCUGAAAUUCCAGUUUGCCUGUUUUAAGAUGCUUGCUUUUCUCAGUGAUAACAGUUUCAAAGAGAGUAGGACAUAGCUUUGAGAGCUUUGAGAGACAGUAGGGUUUGCAGGACCGAGUGAAGGCCGGGAAGCUUGGAUUCUGGUAUCUCUGCCUCUGACUAGUUCAGCAACGCUUGGUCCACAUUUUGAGAAACUGAUGACAGUUCAAUUGCAAAUGUAAAAUCCUGUAUUUAGGCUUUAAUUGUUUGCUGAAUUUCUUUCUUCUCUCUUCCCCCCUCUUUCCUCCCUUCCUGUCAGAGUCCCAACCUUCCUCUUUUACCCUCAGCCUGAGUGCUAGCCAGAGGCUCAGAUGGAGUCACUGGUCCUGAACUAUUUUUUCUCCUGUGGUUUGAUGCUGGGUAUAUCCUUUCUGAAGCUAACCUACCACGUGAGAAGGUGUGCUUCCAUGUUCCACUUUUUGCCUAGGAGUGGGGACUCAGAGUUAAUCUCUUGCGACCCUGGGAUUCUGCGAUGGCUCCCUCAGCCUUCUCUAAGAUCCCAAUGUGUCCUAGAAGCCUUUCCCCAUUUUGCCUGGGAGGCUGAGCUGUCUUCUUAGUGCUUUGAAGCGCUUGAAGUGAGUUGUGUGUUAAUUGUUUUAUACUGCAUGGAGUAUCCAGCCUGUUGUAUCAAUUUGCCCUCACCAUUUUGCUGUGAGGAAGACAGAGGAGGGAUUAUUUUCCCUGAUGAAGAGAAGCUACAGAAGCACUGAGAAGGAAUGGUUUGCAUUAAGAGUGGAGAGGUGGACAGUGAAGUCAUUAGUGCAGUGCUGUGCCGUUUCUACAGCAUCUGACCACACAAAGGCUCGCCUGGGUUCUGCUGCAGACCUCCACAGGGAACCUCUGUCUUGUCAGAUGGCCUCUGUGUGAGCUAGUACACUCUUACCGAAGGGGCAAGAAUUCCUGUACCCUGCACUUCUAUUGAACUGUACUCUGACUUUUCUGAGAAACAGUCCUGCCCAGGCAGCCAUCAGCCUUCUCACAGGAGUGCCAGGAUGCCAAGAUAAGGCAUUUACCAGGUCUUGAUAAAUGUUUGCAUUUUAAUUGAAAGUGCUUGUAUUCUCUAUCAUUCCAAAAGGAAGUGUAAAUAAAUAUCCAAAAGUUGCAUUUUGUCGACAUUAUUCUAUGAUUAUUGUGUUCAUCUCUUCUUUCUUUGACCUUGAGCUGUUUCUGAAUCUCCAUGGCAGUGGGAGCGGACAGGGACCUUGAGAAUAAGGAAGAAAGGGAUCUAAAACAACUGGUUUAAAACACUGCUUUUAUUUCUGCUCGUGAUUUUGGGCCAAAAUCCUGUCUUAAAUUUGGAGCACAAAUUCUUUUAAAGUUACAUAUUUAAAAAGUUAGGUAUCUUUGGAAUGGGUUUUACAAAGCAGUUUCCUGAAACAAUUUUAGCUUUGCUUUCUUUCACUUCCUCUUUUGGUGGUGGUGGGGCAGGCAGGAAAGAGUGUUGCCUCUUCUAAUUCACUCUUGGCCUGUGAGUAGAUAUUCCUGCUGUUUUUCCUGUUUGUGCAUAAUCUGAUCCCAGACUCAUCCCUGAAGCCAGGCAUCUGGCUCCUAGUUUUUGCUCCUUCCCUACCCUUCUGCCUUAUGAAACUUCUGUGAAGAUUCCAGAGACUCCUUUCCCAGAUCAGUUUGCCAUAUGUCUUUUUAAUUUUUCUCUAAUACCAAAUAUUUUCUCUUGCUACUAUCCAACAGUUCAGCCUGUCCAAUUCUCAUUUCAGUUCCUUUCUUCUUGGGAUAGUCCUGUUGCAAACAGUUCCUACUUGUAGUUCUCCCGGUACCUUGGGAUUUUACAGAAGACUGUAGAGAUACAGGCUGUGAGUGUAUUCUCCAUGGAAGUCCACUUCCCGUUUCCUACUGCUUUGCCUUAAUGGAGAUGGAGGAUGAGGCUUCAGCUGCUCCACCAAGAUCUUUCUGGUGCCCCAUUGUAGGCUGUCAAGCUGGGCAUGUGGCUGUCCUACAGUAGCAUUCAAGGAUGACUGAGGAGAAAGGCCCUGGGAAAAUUUGCCCUCUUUUCAUCUAGAGACUGGGGACCUUGGAGUUGAUCCAAAUCAACCCUGUCACUCUGCAGAUGAGGGAACUGAGGCACACGUGGGAUCAGGUGCGUGGCUGCUUUCUAAUCCUGUAACAAAGGGAGCAUCUCUAGAAUUGUGAGAGUGCAGCAGAUAAGCUGACGGCAGCCUCAAGUCCCACCUUUGCCUGCCUCCCCCGUGGGGGCCAGGAUGCUGAAGAAGCAGUCUGCUGGGCUUGUGCUGUGGGGUGCUGUCCUCUUUGUGGCCUGGAAUGCCCUGCUGCUCCUCUUCUUCUGGACGCGUCCGGCUCCUGGCAGGCUGCCGUCAGACAGCGCUCUCGAUGAUGACCCCGCCAGCCUCACCCGUGAGGUGAUCCGCCUGGCUCAGGAUGCCGAGGUGGAGUUGGAGCGUCAGCGGGGACUGUUGCAGCAGAUUAGGGAGCAUCAUGCACUGUGGAGCCGGCGGUGGAAGGUGCCUACUGCAGCCCCUCCUGCUCAGCCGCAUGUGCCUGUGACCCCAUCACCAGAUGUGAUCCCCAUCCUGGUCAUUGCUUGUGACCGCAGCACCGUCCGGCGCUGUUUGGACAAGCUGCUGCAUUAUCGGCCUUCAGCUGAGCUUUUCCCCAUCAUUGUCAGUCAGGAUUGUGGGCACGAGGAAACAGCCCAGGUCAUUGCUUCCUAUGGCAGUGCAGUCACACACAUCCGGCAGCCCGACCUGAGCAACAUUCCUGUACAGCCUGACCACCGCAAGUUUCAGGGCUACUACAAGAUUGCGCGUCAUUACCGCUGGGCACUGGGCCAGAUAUUCCACAAUUUCAACUACCCAGCAGCUGUGGUUGUGGAAGAUGACCUGGAGGUGGCACCAGACUUCUUUGAAUACUUCCAGGCCACCUACCCUCUGCUGAAAGCAGACCCCUCCCUGUGGUGUGUAUCUGCCUGGAAUGACAAUGGGAAAGAACAGAUGGUAGAUUCGAGCAAACCAGAGUUACUCUACCGCACUGACUUCUUUCCUGGCCUAGGCUGGUUACUGCUGGCCGAGCUCUGGGAUGAACUGGAGCCUAAGUGGCCGAAAGCUUUCUGGGAUGACUGGAUGCGCCGGCCUGAGCAGAGAAAGGGGCGAGCUUGUGUGCGCCCGGAGAUCUCAAGAACGAUGACCUUUGGCCGGAAGGGUGUGAGCCACGGGCAGUUCUUUGACCAGCAUCUCAAGUUCAUCAAGCUGAACCAGCAGUUUGUACCCUUCACCCAGCUGGACCUGUCAUACUUGCAGCAAGAGGCCUAUGACCGUGAUUUCCUUGCUCGUGUUUAUGGUGCUCCUCAGUUACAGGUGGAAAAAGUGAGGACCAAUGAACGGAAGGAGCUAGGAGAGGUGCGAGUACAGUACACAGGCAGGGACAGUUUCAAGGCCUUUGCCAAGGCCCUGGGUGUCAUGGAUGACCUCAAAUCAGGGGUGCCCAGGGCUGGAUACCGGGGCAUUGUCACCUUCCAGUUUCGGGGCCGCCGUGUUCACCUGGCACCCCCACAGACCUGGGAUGGCUAUGAUCCUAGUUGGACUUAGCAGCUUCUGUUUGUUCCGCGUGAGCUCCUUCGCUGCCAUUUCAUGAGCUAAGGGUACUCCCUGGACUGUAUCAUGUUUUCUGUCUCCUUGAGUUCCUUUUUCCUUUUUCCUUCUGAGUGUGGCAUUUUUGAGUGCACAGAUAAGGUGAGGUGAGGAUUCUUUUGUUCUCAAGAAAGUUAGGUCUGGGUAUCCGCUCUGUAGUCUGUUUGGUGCAUUAAGCAGAAUACCACUGUGUGAUUGGAGAUGAAUGGGCUGUUGGGGGCCAGAAAUGUCCCUUUGCUGAUUUUUUUUUUUUCUCCUAGAUCAUCUGCAGAGGAGUUAGCAACUUUAGUUUUUUUGAUCAGCCCUUCCCUCUUAGUCUUUCAGCCAGAGCAUUAACCCUCUUGUUCUGUUCUUUUUACCUUCCACUUAGGAGUGUGGAAUACAGAAGUGGACGUAUUUGUGGCUAGGAAGACAGAAGCCAAAGGGACACCAUUAUCAGGGUCUGUGCACUGUUAGGAGGUCGUCAGGGAUAAUGCCUCCUGUUCUUUCCUUAUUUCUGACCUCUGUCUUCAACCUAGCAUCUUUUGGUUCCAAGAUAAAUGGAGGGAGAAGCAGAAGCUCUCAUCAGUUCAUGCCCACUUAAGGGGUUGGGGUGGGCUAGUGGAAGGUGGUGGAAGCUUAAAGGAUACCAUCUCAAGGAGGUAUUCUUUGACCCCUUCAUUUCUAAAAUAGUUCCUUUCCUCCCUGUUGCUUUGGAGGGCAUCAUGCUAGUCGGUUCCCCGUGGUCCUUCCUCCCUGAGUUUUGUGCACAGGCUGCUUCCUAAAAGCUGUGACUUCUGCUGACCCUUUGUCAUGAGAUAGAGAACAGGACAAGCUCUGGCCCUGAACCAGGUCCUGCCCACCUUCCCCAAGACAUUCCCAUGUCCUCACAGGCUAAGAUGCAGAUACUGGUUGGAGAGGAAUGUGUGUGUAUGUGUGUGUGUGUGUGUGUGUGUUUGUGUUUUAUUUUCUUGCCUCAAUUUCAUGGAUGAAAAGUGAAAGCUACAGAAUUAUUUUCAAAAAUAAAGGCUAAAUUGUCUGAAAAA